AACUCAUCCACUUUCGACUUCUCAAAAGUGUAAUGGCACCCACAUCCGAGCAAGAGCGGGCGCUGCAUCUCGCGCAAAAAGCGAGCGAGAGCAUCAAAGCCGGCGAGUUGGCAAACGCCGCUAAGUACCUGCGUGAAGCGAGCUCCAUUGCUCCCGACCAUCCGCAAGUCACAGAAGCGUGGUCAAAGCUGAGGGAGGAAGAAGACAAGAGCGAGUUGUUGGCUAUCUGCAAGAUCUGGGUCACGAGCAAGGAUGAGCAUGAUGGGGAACGAGCACUAAAGACGCUGAGAGCGCAAAGUUUGAAACAGAAAGAGGCGGAGCAGGCGAUGGAGAUUUUGUUCGACUUCAAGGGUGAAGAUGAUGUCUUGGACCAAGUUACGGGCGAGUUGCUGCGGAAUCCGGGUGCGCAGAUGUGGCUUGCAAAUGCCGUGAGGGAGCAGCCGACACGCAUUUAUUAUGAAUUCUUCGAGCGAGGGGAUGACUCCAUCGAUGGAUUGCUCAAAGUCAUGCUCAACAGAAGCAUCUGGCCGGACGACGAAACGUUCAAGAGUGGACACAGAGAUGUCUUUAUGCUCAGUCUUGCGAUGAUGAUGGAGGAAGCGCUCGAGCAUCCGGAACGCGCUAUGAAAGGCAUCGCACAGCUGCUUGCCCAUUAUGCUGAGCAUCUUAAGGGGAUCAUCGAUGCGGAUAGUUUCGACGUUAUUCUCACAUCGCUCGACAUUCGACUUCCGAACAGCUUGCGUAGUCAGGCCAUUCUCGCGACUAUCAAACUGUUCGAGCUCGCUCCGGAUACUGCACAAGAGCUGAUAUCAAAGUUUGUCACGCAUCGUGCGAAAAAAGGAGAGGCAAACAAUCUCAUCAUCGCGUUUUCAGCGGCGGCGGCAAUCUUCCCUGUCGCUGUAACAGCCGCCGCUGCACUGUUCCUCACCGAUGGAUUCGUUGCUGCACUUAUACCUAUGGUCGAACGCAAGAAGUCCCUCAAACUGGAGCAGGCGAUCUUAGAACUCAUCAGCGCAGCGUGUGUGGACAAGAAUUGCCGAGACGCGAUCAAUCAGAAUUGUAGAGAGUGGCUCGAGGACCUAGUCGCAGACUGUCCGGACAAGAAGCGUGCGAAUCCAGCGGCACUUAUCCUUGUUAAACUGGGCCAGGAAAUGCCUUCCGCUGAGGGUCCGCAGAGUUCCACGGCGGGAAAGAUUGACCAGAGCGAUUUGAUUGCAAGCUUCAAAUCCAUGGUGAUAGGAGGGGAUGCCUCGACGAAGCAAGACUCGGUGGAAGGUCUUGCAUAUGCCUCUCUCCAACCCAAGGUCCGCGAGGAUCUAUCAAAAUCACCAAAGUUUCUCAAGCGUCUUAUAGAAACAAUGAGCGAACCGGCAUCACCAGCAAACAUCCUCUUUGGCGGCCUUACAAUAUUCGUGAAUCUGACCACCUACCUGCCCAUCCAAUCCGAAGAAGAGAAACGCAUGGCUCAACUCAAAGCCUACGCCAAUGUCCAGAAGCCAUCCGAGCCCGAUGAACUUCUCAACGAAACACACGUUAACGUACGAUGCAAGCGCGUUCUCGACGCCGGCCUCGUCCCCCUCCUCAUCCACAUCUGCAAAAAGGGAUCACCCUCCGUGCUCUCCCAAAGCAGCCAAAUCCUCCUCUCUCUAAGUAAAGAGCCGAAAAGCCGGGGCUCCAUGGCACAACAAGGCGCCGUGAAACUCCUGAUCCAAAUCUGGGACCACAUUUCCACCACCGCGCAGAACUCAGCCACAGGAACAACACCCUAUCCGCCCACCGCCCUCCCCACAACAGCACAAGCCCUCUCCCGUCUGCUAAUCAGCAUAAACCCCUCACACGUAUUCAACGCCGCGCUCCCCAGCCCCUCGGCCAUCCGCCCCCUCGCCAGCCAGCUCUCGCGCACAGAAAGCUCAACAUGGCAACUCAACGCCUUCGAGGCGCUUCUCGCGCUCACAAACCUCGCCUCUCUAGACCGCCAAACGCAAGACCAGAUCAUCCGCCAAGCAUUCGACCAAGUAGCAGACGAACUCCUGCUAGGCGACAACACCAUGGUGCGCAGAGCAGCAACAGAGUUACUCUGCAACCUGAUGGCCUCGCCACUGUGCAUUGAGAAGUUCGCAGACGCCUCCUCAAGAGCAAAGCAUAGACUGCACCUCCUGCUCGCCAUGACAGACGUCGAGGAUGCGCCCACACGGUCUGCGGCCGGAGGCGCGCUGGCCAUGCUCCUCUCUGUUGAUCUGGCAGUGACGGAGCUUCUGAAGCAGGAUAAGGGUGUUGAGUUCUUGCUCGGGCUCUGCCAGGACGACGAUGAGGAUAUUCGGUAUAGAGGCGUGGUGUGCUUGCGUGCUGUGGUCGAUGUCGAUGCGGGUGUGCAGGCGUUGAAGAAAAAGGGCGCUGUGGAGACGCUGAAGGUUGUGCUGAAGGAGAGUCGUAGGCAGGAGGUUUUGGGCGUUGGGGUGGAGACGCUGAAGAUUCUGCUGGGGCAGUAGAUGGAUUCGGGGUUUCUGUUUGUGGCGGGAAGUAUAUGAUUUGAAUGAAUUGAGAUGUGAGAUGGUAUGGCGUUAUGUCAGUUUCUUCACACAUAAAAGCUUUUACUGGUACUUCUGUCGCUUGCCAUUGACACAAUCAAAGACUUUUCCAUGGC